CGCUCACACACCGUCACCGUCCGGUCCGGCGUCAGUGUCCUAAUCUCUUUCUUCUUCCUCCUCCUCGUCGACGAAACGAUGCGUAUCGCAACUCUGAAGCUCUUACUCUCUCUCCUCGUUCUCUCUCUCUACCCUCUAUCUCUCACCGCCCGACCCUACAUCCUCAUUCUCUCUGAAGAUGAUCUCAAAGACACUUCAAUCUCCUCCGACGACUCGCCCGACCCCACUCGCCUUGACAAUCCCGAGUGGGAUGAAUUUGGCGAGUCCGACUCACCCCAUAAGUCCGAGGACGAGCUCGACCCCGGUUCUUGGCGCCCGAUCUUCGAACCGGGCUCCUCUUCGGCUGCCGGCUCGUCCGAUCCCGUUCCGGAAAACGAUGCUCUGUACAUCUCAGGUGUUUCGAAGAUGUUAUUGGCGGCGAGCUCUGGCGACGCGCGGUUGACGGAGGAGGCGGUGGGGGAGAUCGAGGCCACCGCGGACGAGGGCAACGCGCACGCGAGGUCGGUGCUAGGAUUUCUUUACGGAUUGGGGAUGAUGAGGGAAAAGAACAAGGCCAAGGCUUUUAUGUACCAUCACUUUGCUUCCGAGGGAGGUAACAUGCAGUCCAAGAUGGCCCUUGCGUAUACCUACUUGCGCCAAGAUAUGCAUGAAAAAGCAGUGAAACUUUACGCCGAGUUAGCAGAAGUAGCCGUAAACAGUUUCUUGAUUUCAAAAUAUUCUCCUGUGAUUGAACCGAUCAGGAUCAACAAUGGGGCUGAGGAGAAUAAGGAGGCCCUAAGAAAGUCCAGAGGGGAGGAUGAUGAGGAGGUCCAGAUUUUGGAAUAUCAGGCAUUGAAAGGGAACGCUGGAGCCAUGUACAGGAUUGGGCUGUUUUAUUACUUUGGGAUGAGAGGAUUGAGGCGUGAUCAUGCCAAGGCAAUGUCGUGGUUUCUGAAGGCUGUGGAGAAGGGGGAGCCGAGGUCAAUGGAACUUCUUGGGGAGAUAUAUGCUCGGGGAGCUGGGGUUGAGAGGAACUACACCAAAGCGCUUGAAUGGCUUACCCUUGCAUCCAGACUGCAACUUUAUUCGGCUUAUAAUGGGAUGGGGUAUUUAUAUAUCAAAGGCUAUGGAGUUGACAAGAAGAAUUACACCAAAGCAAAAGAGUACUUUGAGAAGGCUGCUAAUAAUGAUGAUGCUGGCGGCCGCUAUAACCUAGGAGUAAUGUAUCUAAAAGGGAUUGGGGUAAAGAAGGAUUUGAGGAUAGCUUCUGAACUGUUUAUGCUGUCUGCUAAUAUGGGUCAACCAAAGGCAUUCUACCAGCUGGCAAAGAUGUUUCAUACUGGUGUGGGGCUUAAGAAAAACCCUAUAAUGGCAACUGCAUUAUACAAAUUAGUUGCAGAACAGGGACCAUGGAGUUCCUUGUCUAGAUGGGCCCUUGAAUCGUACUUAAAAGGUGAUGUGGGUAAGGCAUUCCUCUUGUAUGCAAGGAUGGCUGAUCUAGGUUAUGAGGUGGCACAGAGUAAUGCUGCGUGGAUACUUGACAAAUAUGGCGAGCGUAGCAUGUGCAUGGGAGAAUCUGAGUUCUGCACAGAUGGAGAAAGGCAUCAACGUGCACAUUCUUUGUGGUGGCAAGCUUCUGAGCAGGGUAAUGAACAUGCAGCGUUGCUGAUUGGAGAUGCAUAUUACUUUGGUCGGGGUACUGAGAGGGAUUAUCAUCGUGCAGCGACAGCUUACAUGCAUGCCAAAUCCCAAAUGAAUGCACAAGCCAUGUUCAACCUCGGGUACAUGCAUGAACAUGGCCAAGGACUUCCAUUGGAUCUCCAUCUUGCCAAGCGAUACUAUGAUCAAGCCCUAGAGGUUGAUCAGACGGCAAAAUUGCCAGUUUCACUUGCCCUCACAAGCUUGUGGAUACGAAAGAACUAUGCAAAUAGUUUCCUGGUCCAUUUGAUUGAUUCACUGCCUGAAGUCUAUCCUAAAGUAGAAGAAUGGGUGGAAGAUGUGCUAAUGGAGGAAGGAAAUGCAACCAUACUGACACUUUUCCUUUGUCUCCUUACUGUCCUUUAUCUCCGUGAGCGGCAUCGUAGGCAUGCUGUUCCAGCUGCGGCUGAGGUGGCUGUGCCACAGAACCCUAAUGAGCAUGGUGCACCUGCACCCAUUUAAUUCAUGUAUUCAGAAACUACAGGGUCAUUUUGCUGUCUCUGUUAAACGAGGAUAUGUAGGUAUAUGUUUUAGGGCACAUUGUAGCAUAGCGUUAAAGUGAUAUGAGCUCCGGUGCUUGAAUCUAUUUUGUUCCGUAGAAACGAGUGCAAAAGGUGUAACAAGAUUCAUACCGUUCUUUCAUAUUAUGAAGUGGUGAUUCUUUUGGAGAGCA